AGCAAGUGAUAAUCGAGCAAAUAAAAAUGUCGUCGGAAACGGCCAAGAAAAGCUUCCCCUCGGUAACGACGUGCGACGUCUCCGCCGUGAGCCACCACUCCGUGGCGGCGGACCUGGACGGAACUCUGUUGAUCUCCCGCUCGUCCUUCCCGUACUUCAUGCUGGUCGCGAUCGAAGCGGGUAGCCUCCUGAGAGGGCUGGCUCUGCUCCUGUCGUUCCCCGCCAUAGCCGUGGCGUACGUAUUCUUCUCCGAAGCGGUGGCGAUCCAAAUGCUGAUCUACAUCUCCUUCGCAGGAGUGAAAGUCCGGGACAUCGAGCUGGCGGCGCGGGCCGUUCUGCCGCGAUUCUACGCGGCGGACGUGAGGCGGGAGAGCUUCGAGGUGUUCGAAAAGUGCAAGAGGAAGGUGGUAGUGACGGCGAACCCGAGCAUAAUGGUGGAGCCGUUCGUGAAGGAGUUCUUGGGCGGCGAUAAGGUUCUGGGGACGGAGAUUGAAGUGAACCCGAAGACGAAGAGGGCGACGGGGUAUGUGAAGAAGCCGGGGGUGUUGGUCGGAAAAUGGAAAAGGGUGUCGGUGUUGAAGGAGUUUGGGGAUGAACAGCCUGACAUUGGGAUGGGUGACAGAACCUCUGAUCAUGAUUUCCUAUCCGUUUGUAAGGAAGGGUAUAUGGUACUCCCUAGCAAAUCAGCAACCCCGGUUCCACUUGACCGCUUGAAAAGUCGAUUAGUGUUCCACGACGGUCGACUGGUGCAGCGCCCGGACCUACUAAACGCCCUGAUCACCUACCUUUGGCUCCCAUUUGGCUUCGCCUUAGCCGUCUUUCGAGUGUACUUCAAUCUACCCCUCCCUGAGCGCAUCGUACGGUACACAUACCUGAUGCUUGGAAUCAACCUUGUAAUAAAGGGGCCGAGGCCUCCCGCGGCAUCAUCCGGUGGCCGUCAAGGGAAUCUAUUCGUAUGCAACCAUCGGACCGCCCUGGAUCCCAUUGUCAUUGCGAUUGCGCUGGGGCGGAAAGUAUCAUGUGUGACAUAUAGCGUGAGCAAACUCUCGCGCUUCCUCUCCCCGAUCCCCGCAGUUGCAUUGACGCGGGAUCGCGAAAAGGACGCGGCCAUGAUCAAAUCCAUCCUCGAGAAGGGCGACUUGGUCGUGUGCCCCGAAGGAACCACAUGCCGCGAGCCAUUCCUCUUGAGAUUCAGCGCUUUGUUCGCGGAGUUAAGCGACAGGAUUGUCCCUGUGGCGGUGAACACUAAGCAAAGCAUGUUCCACGGGACUACGGUCCGCGGGGUGAAGUUUUGGGACGCGUAUUUCUUCUUCAUGAACCCAAGACCGAGCUACGAGGUGACAUUUUUGGAGCCGUUGCCUAAGGAAAUGACAUGCAAGGGAGGUGGGAAAUCUUCAAUUGAGGUGGCUAAUCAUGUGCAGAAGGUUUUGGCUGGUGCUCUUGGGUUUGAGUGCACUCAAUUGACUAGGAAAGACAAGUACAUGCUCCUUGGUGGGAAUGAUGGGAAGGUGGAAUCUAUGUAUGGUGCUAACAAGUAAUGAUUAAGACUGAUCGAACUUGCAUUAUAUUGUGUUUCAUUAAAUUAAUUAUACUCAGUUCAGCCCUAUAAUUGAUAGUAGUGGCGCAUGCCAAGUGUUGGCUGUUUCAUGAUAUGGAUCAUUAAUCAGGACGUAUGAACUUCAAUUAGUCGUUGUUUUUGCUUUCAUUUCAUUUUAUUUGUUUUCAUAUACUUAUAAAGGUGGAAAGCUUCUUCCUCAUCCU